AUGACUUUGGGCCCCAACUCCUUGACGGCUCCGGCGUCGUCUCGUCAGGAUGCAGGAUUUUCGCCAUCCGAUCAAGUUCCCAGGACCGAUGCCAGAACUGCAGUUGGACCCGACUCCAAGUCACUCUCAGAUGAAAGUCCGGCGGAAGACAGUGAUGCUGUCCAAGAGGUUGAGUUCAAGGAAGGAGGAUAUGGCUGCGGCUCAUUCAUCGGCGCCUCCUUCUCUACCCAUGCCUGGCAGCUUCUUCUGAGCCAAGGCGUCUGCUUCGGCCUUGGUCUGGGUUUCUGCUUCACAGCCACCGUCGGGGUUGUCCCGCAAUGGUUCACCAAGCGGCGCUCUUUCGCCAACGCUCUGGCAACAGGCGGUUCCGGAUUCGGUGGUCUCACCUACGCCUUGGGAGCCAAUGCCAUGAUCUCGAAUCUCGGUCUGGAGUGGGCAUUCCGCAUCCUGGCCAUCAUCUGCUUCGUUGUGAACGGCAGCGUCUGUCUGAUCAUGAAGGACCGCAACAAGGCCGUGGGAGCCAAGCACAUAGCCUUCCAUAAGGACCUCUUCUUCCAGCCUGAGUACUGGCUUUUUGUCGGCUGGGGAUUCUUUGGUAUCAUUGGCUACAUCAUCGUCGUCUUCUCCAUUGCGGAUUAUGCUAUCCAAGCUGGCUUCACCAGCGAUCAAGCAUCGUUGGCCUCGGCUAUGUUCAAUUUAUCCCAAGCGCUUGGUAGACCUGCCAUCGGCCUCCUCAGCGACAGGCUAGGAAGGAUGAAUGUCGCUGGAAUAGGCACGCUCAUUGCUAGUAUAGUUGCCUUCUUUCUGUGGAUCUUCGCCGGCAAAUACUACGCCGGGCUCAUCAUCUACGCGCUCUUUGGUGCGGUAGCCGGCAUUCUUUGGCCAUGUGUGGGACCUGUAGCAGCCGAGGUUGUUGGUUUACAGUUGUUGCCCGCUGUGUGGCUCCUUCGAAGCUGGAAACUCCGUCAGAUGGAGUCUCUCGGCCUGGACGAAAAGGAGCAGGAGGCGGCCAUCCAUCCCGGCGAAGAAGGGAAGCGCAAAUCGGCUUCUACCAGGGGACAACAAAACAUCAUUGUCUCGUACAUAACAAAGAUGUUCGUCAUGAAGCGUCUAUGA